AUGAAAUGCAGAGCCAUGAGGUGCAGAAAUGACAGUGAAGGUAAAACAAAGAUAAACGAGUACAAAAAGACCCAGAAAGGAAUCAAAGUGCCUCCUGGAAAUACUGCCCCAACUCUAGGGGUGGAAAGAAAUGAAUUCAAGGUUGACAGGUGUGAUGUAACAAUGCUCGACAUGGGAGGCAGAGAACGUGUUCGUGGGAUAUGGAGAAGCUGCUUCUAUGAGGUCCAUGGAAUUAUAUAUGUGGUUGACUCUAGUGACGUUAAGAGGAUGAAGGAAGCAAGAGAAACAGUAGAAAAUUUGCUCAAACAUCCCCAUGUCUCAGGGAAGCCUCUAUUAGUGCUUGCUAAUAAACAGGACAAGCUCAGCUCCCUGCUGCCCUGCGAAAUUAUCGAACAGCUGUCCCUGCAGAAACUAGCAAAUGAACACAAAUCCCUUUGUCAUAUAGAAGCCUGUUCUGUGAUGGCCGAUUUUCCAAAGAACAUAGACAAGGCAAUUAUGAAAGGUGUCCGCUGGCUGCUGCGUGUUAUUAUAGUGAACUAUGACAUGCUGAGUGCACGUAUUCUUCAAGAUACAACGGAAUUAUCUGGUUAUGAGGAUCAAAGAGUACACUCAAAUACAGUAAAGUUCCAAGCAGUCCAGAAGGAGAGUGCUCGAAAAAUUGUGAGUGAGCUUCAACAAAAGGAAAGAUCCUUUAAUCAGAACUGCAAGACCCUUUCAAACAUGUGCCUGAAGCCUUUGCAACCCAGCCAGAGCAUCACCACACAGGGUGAAGCCAAAAUAAAGAAGAAGGUAAAGAAAAAGAAGAUAAACAAACCAAAGAUAAUGGACACCGUGAGCAAAGGAGCAGCUAGCCAAACACCCAGCUACCCAAGGGAACGUUCUGUCACCUAUGGAAGUGUUACCAUAAUUCCUACUACAAGGGCAGGAGACAAAGUAAAGCCAGGUUUUAGUGGAGAGCACAAGUGUUUGAAUGAAGCAAGAUGUGCAACGUCUGAUGCAAUCCCACUGAAAGAAGGUAACUUCAGGUGACGAUG